GAAGUCCCGAGAGUUCUCCGCUGGCAUCUCACAUGUUAAAUUGUUAACCUUUAUCGCUCAUUGUAUUGUUAGCUUGAGGUCUGCGUUUCGUCCUUUUGUUGUGCAAAAGUAUGGUCUCACGCUCGCAAAGGAUAUAACACUGUAUAGAAUGUGGUGUAAUCAUAUAGUGCAGCCAUGUAUUGCAGCCAUAUGCCAACUGACCCACGGACCCGACAGGCUGCCCCCUACUGCAGAGCGUCCCCCUCGGGAGCUGUCGGGAGUGGGAGCUUAGAAACGGAGAUACAUCAUCUUACCGAGUGUUCACGUUGCCUCCACUUCAAGGAUGUCACACGCAAUACCUGCUGCCACGGGUGGCUUCGUGUAUCGAGCGGGGCGUUCGCCACAGCGUGCGGUAGCAGCCCAGCCGGGGCCUGGCAGCUAUGACCUGGCACGCGGCGGAGACGUCAAUCCUGCGCCAGCCCCUUUUCACACGAGCACUGAGAGGGCUCUUGCAUCCAAUCAGACUACAGCAGCUAUCACUCCUGGUCCCGGCGCCUACAGCGGACCUGGCAGCGGCAUUGGCACGAGCGGCACAGUGGCGGGUUUCGUGAGCGGGGUGCCGCGGCUCCCCGCAGACUACGAGCUCAGAGCGAGGAAGGAGGUUCCAGGGCCCGGCGCAUAUGAUGACGGCAAUCAGUGGGUGAAGGGCACAAACCGCUACAAGCCGGAGGGUGGGAGCGGCAUGGCCCGUGCGCUGCACUUACUACCGCGGCGGCCAACAGCGCCAUCAGUGCCCGGUCGCGGCGAGAGCUAUGGAUACGAGGAGGCGCAGGAUGGGUCGCUGGUGCUGCAGCCGGCGCCGCUGCAACACACGGGCGUGGGGCGCGACAUCGCUGGCCCUGGCACCUAUGAGCUGGCUGGCCCCGGCCCCUUCUCGCGGCCCUCGGGCACCGCCUGGGCCACCAGCAAGAGCGGCCGCUCCACCAAGUUUGGCUCACCGGCUCCGGGGCCCGGCACCUACAACCUAGCCGACAGCGGGCCACGGCGGCGCGGCGCGGGCCUGCUGGUCGCCAUUGGUGGCGUGGAGGUGGUGUUCGGCGGGACCACCGGCACCAGCAGCUUCGUCAGCAAGGCGCCCAGGCCACUGCAAAAGUCAGCCGAGGCCAGCCCGGGGCCAGGAGAGUACCACCCCCCGGUCGUCACAGCCGGCGACCCAGCUGGUGCGGGCCUGCGAGCUAGCGCUGCUGUGUUUGGCAGCAGCGCGGCGCGGGGGUCGUGGGAGAUGGACCCCACGCAGGUGCGGUCCGCGCCCAGCUACUGGCGCACCCCGGGUCCGGGCUCGUACGACGACCCGCGUGCCGCCGGCCGGCGAGGAAGCCCCAACGGUGCCUCAGCCCUGGCGGCAGCAGCGGCUGCAGCGGCGGCGCCCUUCACAACUACAGCGCUGCGCUUCGGCUCAGUAGGCAGCGCCGCGCCCGGGCCAGGCCAGUACCACCCGGACGCGGUAGCCUCGCUAGAGUAUGACACUUUCAAGCGGGUGACGGGGUCGCGGCACGCCGGCGGCUUUGGCGGUUCCACUGGCCGCUUCUCCUACAAUAGCGGAACCUCCUCGCCCAAGCGCAUUGGCGUGCCGCCAGUGCUGGGCGCAGGGGAAGGCGGCGAGGGACUGGGCGAUACGCCAGGGCCCGGCGCCUACUCCACGGACGCAAAACUGGGCGGUACCGGCCGUAGUGUGGGCCGAGGCGGCACGUCCACCUUCGCGUCGCGGACGGGCCGCUUCCGCCCGGUCACGGCCCCACCGGCCGUGCCAGACCUGACCGACUUUGACGGGGCUGCAGCUGUCAAGGGCGAUCCCAGCCGCCUGGGCCCAGGCGCGUACAGCCCCGAGCGCCCCACGGGCCGGACACGCUAUACGCAAGUGGGGGCCAAGUCGGUUCCGUUCGGGUCGGGGGCGAAGCGAGCAGCCAUGGAGCUGCCCUCCAAGGAGACGCCUGGUCCGGGCCGCUACGGCGCCGCCGGCGACCCGCACAAGCCCGUGAGCGUGCCGCCGCCCAAGGCCGGCUUCGCCACCCAGUCCGACCGCUUUGGCCCGGGCGCGCCCAAGUAUACGCCCGGGCCAGGCGCAUACCUUGGGCCUGGCUCAGGCCCGGUGCGAAAGAGUUACAACGUGACGUACGGCGCGUGAUGAGCUGCGUGAUUUGGGUUACCAUACUGACAGUAUUCAUCAAAAUUGAUGCGUUGAGUGCUGAGCGGAGGACUACCACAAUGGCACCCCCCCCCCGCACGACGGACGCACGACGGAUGGACGGACGGGGUAUGUCUGAACGAAAAACAAGCAGCGCAUACAUCACAAACACCACGCAGAUCCGCAUCACAGUACCUAUCACGCCCAUGAAGCGGCGCCGGCGCGCAGGUUGAGGCCGGCCGGUAUCUGGUUCGGGUCUUUGCUGGCGAGCAUAGCACCGCACAGUAUGUUGUAGGCCGCAGCAGUUAAGAGUGUUGUGUCUAGAGGAUUUCCUGCGGUUUGGUCAAUUGCUGGCUUUGCUUGUGCUUGGCAGCGGGACGUGGCUGGACGCAUGGCGGGCCGCGCCUGUACGAUCCGACCCCGGCUAUGUCCGGGAGACGAUGUCGACGCUUGCGGCCUCAGACUAGAGACGCGGCGAAACCGCAUACCGCAUCUUGUUCAAAACUGUGUCACUGACAAGGAUGCGUUGAGUGGAAGCAGGGGUGCAGGCGGAUGACUUGUUUGAGUUCUGGUCCUUGUGGUGCGACUCAGACGGUCUGAAGGUCAGUGCUGCCGUUGAGCGUGACUCUGUGCGGUGGAUGUCAGCGGCCUCGCCGGACGAGUGUGAUGCCAACGUAGAAACGGGGUAGGGCGUCUGUUAGCAGGAUGCCUCCUAGCUUUGAUGAUGGCGGUAUGAAGAAUCGCUAAACAUGCAACGGGAAGGCGCAUUUCACGAGAACGUGUGUGUGUGUGGGGGGGGGGUUUGACUCUAAACCAAUCCCGUAAGGAAACAGUCGCGCUGCAAGGAGAAACUGCAGCCGCAUAUGCAAUGUACAUCAACGUAGGUAGUCGGGCGGGCGUGGGCCGCGUAGCGGCAGGUGUGCGAUGGGACAGUUGUUAGGCAGGUUGGUGAAGUCCCGCAGGGUGCAGCUGAUUCCCAGAUGGCAAACAAUUUGCAACGGCAGGGCAGGAGGGCGGGCGUGGGCAGUGACACGCAGUGACGCAGUGUAGCGGCAGGUGGAAGGAGCAGUCCAGAGCAGCUCCGAAGUCAUGUCAGCAGUGCGAGCCGCGCGCAGACCCCGUCGCCCAUUUAGCGA